AUGAGGACGCUGUCCUGUCUGUCUCUGGCCCUGAGGGACAUGUGGACUCUGUCCUUCCUUCGGGACAUCUUGCGUGAGUUCUUGGGUACGGCUUUCUUUCUGCUCAUAGCCCUCUCAUCCACCAUCGUUUGGCCUGCCGUCAUCACACCAAACUCCAUCUCCCACAAUGCUGAGCUUUCCACCUCUUCCUCCCCCUCUGACCUGAACCCUCUUCAGGCGUCUCCAGCCUGCCGCACGGACCCUCUGAUGGUGGCGCUGGUGUUUGGCGCCGCCCUGCUGGUGGUGUGUGUGUGCAUGGGGGAUGUGCAGCUGAACCCAGCCAUCACUCUGGCCCUAGUGUUGGGGCUGAGGCUGAACCCCUGGCGGGCGGCGAUGUUUGUGGGUGCCCAGCUCCUGGGGGCCCUGGUUGCGUCUGCCACCCUCAUGGGUAUGGUGCCCGCCUCUCUGCGAGGGCACAUGGGCCUGAAUGAGGUAGCACCAGGGGUCCUCUUGUACCAGGCUGUCUCCGUGGAGACAGCUGUCACAUUCCAGCUGGUGCUCUGUGUUCUAGCAGUGUCCCGCCCCUCCUCCACCGCCAGCCAAUCCCUGGGGCCCCUUGUCCUUGGCAUCUCUGUUAUGCUUGGACAUCUUACUGCGAUUGGGUAUACAGGUUGCGGAAUGAAUCCUGCCAGGUCAUUUGGCCCUGCUAUGGUGAUACAAAAUUUCAAUAACCAUUGGGUGUAUUGGGUGGGGCCGUGUGCGGGGGCCGUGUUGGCCUGGCUCCUCCACGACGUGCUGCUGUGGCCCCGCUGGAGCGGCGCAGGACACUGGGCCACCGAGCUCAGGAGGCUCCUCCUCACCCCGACCCAGAGCACACAGCGGGAUUAG